GGCGACAGUGCCACCAGCAGCAAUGACAAAUUGAAGACUUCACUCUAAGGCGGCGGCGGCUGCUGGCGGCUCCAGCUCGGGCAGCGGCGGCGGCUUCCGGAGUCCCGCGGCGAAGAUGCUGAAAGUCACGGUGCCCUCCUGUUCCUCGUCCUGCUCCUCGGUCACCGGCAGUGGCCCGGGGUCUGGGAACCUCGUUCCGGAUUACUGGAUCGACGGCUCCAACCGGGAUGCUCUGAGCAAUUUCUUCGAGGUGGAGUCAGAGCUGGGACGGGGUGCUACAUCCAUUGUGUACAGAUGCAAACAGAAGGGGACCCAGAAGCCCUAUGCUCUCAAAGUGUUAAAGAAAACAGUGGACAAAAAGAUUGUAAGAACUGAGAUAGGAGUCCUUCUGCGCCUCUCACACCCAAACAUCAUAAAACUUAAGGAAAUAUUUGAAACCCCCACGGAAAUCAGUCUGGUCCUUGAGCUCGUCACGGGAGGAGAGCUGUUUGACAGGAUUGUGGAAAAGGGAUAUUAUAGUGAGCGUGAUGCUGCAGAUGCCGUGAAGCAAAUCCUGGAGGCAGUUGCUUACCUGCAUGAAAAUGGGAUUGUCCAUCGUGAUCUCAAACCAGAGAAUCUUCUCUAUGCAACUCCAGCCCCAGAUGCACCUCUCAAAAUCGCUGAUUUUGGACUUUCUAAAAUUGUGGAACACCAAGUGCUCAUGAAGACAGUAUGUGGAACCCCAGGAUACUGCGCGCCUGAGAUUCUCCGAGGCUGUGCCUAUGGACCUGAGGUGGACAUGUGGUCUGUAGGGAUAAUCACCUACAUCUUACUUUGUGGAUUUGAACCAUUUUAUGACGAAAGGGGUGAUCAGUUCAUGUUCAGGAGAAUUCUGAAUUGUGAAUAUUACUUUAUCUCCCCCUGGUGGGAUGAAGUAUCUUUAAAUGCCAAGGACUUGGUCAGAAAACUAAUUGUUUUGGAUCCCAAGAAACGGCUGACGACAUUUCAAGCCCUCCAGCACCCGUGGGUCACAGGUAAAGCAGCUAACUUUGUGCACAUGGACACUGCUCAGAAGAAGCUCCAAGAAUUCAAUGCUCGGCGCAAGCUUAAGGCAGCGGUGAAGGCUGUGGUGGCCUCUUCUCGGCUGGGGAGUGCCAGCAGCAGCCACAGCAGCAUCCAGGAGAGCCACAAGGCCAGCCCAGAUCCAUCCCAAGAGAACAACACAGAUCUUCUGGCAAAGAAGAUGCAAGAAGGGGACCAAGUGGCAGCUGAGGAUACAGCAGCUGAGAUGAGGAAAUCGCUGUCAGAGGAGGAGAAAGAUGCAGCUGUGCAAGAUGAGGUCCCCAGGAUGGUGCCUCAGGCGCCGGAGGAUGACUUGAAGACAGACACCUCAGCAAUGAAGAGGAGCUCAGGGGAGAAGCUGAAGGCUCUGGAGGAAGAAAUAGUGCCCGAAGAUGAGGAGAGAACCCCUGCUGGGGAACUCGGGGUUCCCCAGCAGGAUGUGAUUCUGCCAGAGUACUAAGCUGGCUUCCUUCGGUCCAGAGACCAACCCUAGCAUUUUCUGUACUUUGUCCUUCAGCAAGGAAGGUGGGGAAGCAUGAUAUGCACUAUAGUGAUUCUGUUUUGAGGUGCAAAAAACAAAAACAAAACAACAGAAAAAAAAAACCAUAUAUACCAGUUGGUAAUCCUAAUUUCAGUGCAUGUGUUUGCUUUAUGAAAUAAUGUUUUCUACGGCAUGUAAUGGUUACCUGAUACUGAUGAGUUGAAUUUGAAAUUUCCAGCAAAGAACACAACACUUAAAAACAAACAUUACCAGCCUUUGGUGGCACAUAUCUGAAGCAAAAUGGAAAACUAAUUUUUAUUUGAAAGCUUAGACAUCCUAUACCCUCUAGAAGUCCAAACCAAGACACAUUCCCAUGACUUUGCGAAUGCUUUUGGUGGCUUCAGCUUGGUAGAAGGGGUGGUUAUAGAAGACACCUAUAGAGUGUCCAAAAACAUCUGCAGUGUUGAGAAGUUGAAGCAUUCUCAGAAGGCCAUGAGUCCACAGCCCCCUUAAGUGUGUGUAGAGAAUGUCUUAUUUUAUUCUUAAGUGUGCUAGAUAAGAAUACCCAAAAUGUUCAUCAUAAAACUCUGCCAGUUUACGAUUCUUAGGAUAUUAUUUAUUAAACUCUGCUGUUUCUUCCCUUCACCUGCUUGUCAUUAAAAUGCCCCAUCAAAUGUAUAAAACCUGGGAUAGAAUAAACAAAUUUAAGUAGAAUGAUAUGUAAUUGGGACAUAGACAUACCAAGAUUAAUUCCUUUUUAUUUCUCAUAAAUUUGCAUUUGUAAGCUUAUACAAUAUUUUGCAUAUAAGAACAUUUUUGUGGAUACACUCUUCAAAUAACAAGUUUCAAGUUCUGAAAAGGUCCAUUCACAAAUUGGUGCCAAAAUGUCUGACUAUAAUAGGAACAAUACAUUCCAUUGUUAGAUAAUUUAUUAUUGGUGUUGUUAGAGUAAGGAAAUGUUUGCAGAAGGAUUCUCUCCUCCAGCUCUGUAGACAUAAUCUUCAUGAGUUUAAAUUCAUUAUAAAAACUAGUCUAUCUUUUCCUCACACUUAGAAUGGAAGGGUGCAUACUUUAUGAUGAUGAAACAUUCCAUAUCAAGAAAUUUACUUUUAUUUGUCUUAAAAAAUAAGUGAAAACCAAUCUUAAGCCAUACUUCAGGAAGGGUAAAGUAUUAGAACUUAAAAGCAUGAUUUUUCCCCCUCAGAAUAAAAACUUUUCUUUGAUUCAUAGAAAUUACACUAAAUCCAGUAUUACAUUUCUUGAGUGAAAAUGAACACUUUAUUAAAACAAUUGUUUUACAUUUUUGGUGAUUUUUCUUAAUUUAUAAACAGCAUUCAUUUCAAAAUCUAAAAUGAAGGCAUUAAAAAUGAACAGCACAGAAUUUUUUCAAAAAUAAUGAUAAUUUGUUCUGACUCAUAUACAGACAUUUACACUGGGAAAUUAAACUAGAUCUGGGGUUUCUCCAGGCUGUUAGAGGCAUCAGCACUUUAGUAUGUCAAGCACAAACCUCAGCUGUCUUGGGGAAGGAGACAAUGUGUUGCUUCCUGUGGUCUGUGAUUUGGGUCCUUGACAGGCAGCUGACGAGGUGCCUCAUCUAAAUUCGGGUGAUUAUUUUUCAAUUGAUUUUAAUCAUGUAUUUAUGUUCCUCUUUAAUCAUUCCUUCACAGAACUCCCAUUUUCAGUGUUAUAAAGGGCCAUUUUUAAUCUUUAAGAAUGCUUUCUUAAGGUUUCCAUUAACAAAGAGCAAUCCCCUGGUGUAUUUUUCCUCAUCAAACUUAACAUAUAGUUGGUAAGUGUCCCAUGUAUGGAAAGAGUAAAGAUAGACUAAGGGGUCUUGAUAGAAGUUGCAAUUAGAACAUACCAUCACUCAAACCCAGCCCAUGUCUUAUUUCAUCCCAACAUGGGCUGAACACCUUGGAUGACCCUGUGAACUUUAGGAAGAGUAUUACAAAUGCCAAGCCCUCAUGCAUUUAUAAUUCAGUUAUUUAAAUGAUUGCACCUUACCACUUGCUGGUGAUACUCAAGAGUGUUAGGAUAAUUUCCUCUCUUCUACAACCUAAAUACUUCAUUAGCUAAAUAUCAUUAGCAAUUUUCAACUGUAACUUGUAUGGUAAAGAUUGUCCUAAUGCUUACAAAGAACUAAGUCCAUUCACUGGGAAAUGAGUCAAGUAUUUAAGUCAAAUCAUUCAAAAAUUUAAUGGAAAUACCAUCUAAGAAUACUUAUUUACCAUUUUAAAAGAACAGUCAACAUUUACAUUGCUUGUUAAAAUUAAAUAUCUCAAAGAUUAUUUAAACUAAAUAAGUCUUAAUUUGAAAGAACACUUUCUAAUAUUACUCUUAAUUUGUAAUGUAGUCACAAAGCAAAACAGUUUUUUAAAAUUUCAGCGAAGAAUAAUAAAUUAAAAUAUGCAUUUAAAAGAUAACACAGUUUCAAGGUGGGAAGGGGUAGUGCACACCUUUGAUCUCACCACUUGGGAGGCAGAGGCAGGAGGAU